GACGGCACAAAGAACGGGAGGCUUGCAUUAGCUUUCAUGAUCUUCAACAACACCCACAAGUAUACCAGGAAUUGAUCGUAUGCGGCAAGUCGACACGCCAACACGUUCGCAUCCUUCAACCACAUAUUGGUCCCUGCACGGCCCGGGCCAUGGUGCUGCUCACCUCCUCGGCCGUGUCGGUAGCCGUGUCUAGCGGAGUCGUUUGCAUUUUCACCUUCUUGCUAUUCUUGUCUGGAUAUGCCCUUCAACAGCAAACCGUCAAGUCAUUACAAGAAGCCAUGAGACGACCACCUGAGCCAAAACCGGUACCGACCCUCCCACCUCAAUUUCGGAAACCUGUCAACGAUACAGUAGCAGUCCCUGGCGAGCCGGCUCAUAGAGAACCAAAGACAGGGUUGACGGUCGCCCAAGCAAUAGAGAGUCUUGAGCGUCUGGAUGGAUCUGUUCAAGUUCCGGUGGUACUUCAAGAUGAUCGUCCACCACCCAAAAUGCAAGGCCCUUCCGAAGCGGCAGAAAUAGAUACAGAGCAAAUUCCUGAGAAAAUACUUCAACGCCUAGCAUACAUGUUCACACUGCUUGAGCCUUCAGAUUUAUGCUCCACGCUUCUUUUUGUGAAAGAGCAGCGUCGUUCCUCACGAUUAUCGACUGAAGCUUCGAUCAUCCUCCUUUAUCCCGUGACCUGGGAGAGCCAAAUCUCGGCACUGCAUAUGUCCACGUUGAGGUUCAUGCGAGAGCUUGGGGAACUGCACAACCUGGUUUAUCAUCCUGUCCAGGUAAACGGUGCCCGGGACAUGAGAGCACAACUACUUGGAGAGCUCCAGUGGCAUCGAUGGGAGUACGAUCAAGCCCUCUACCUUCGAUCCCCAGGCAUUAUCCUCGACAGCAACGCUCUGGAUAAUGCCCUCGCUUUCCCAGCGUCGAGGAAGACUUGGGCUCCGGUAGAUCCAUCCACCGGGGACGACCCAGAGCUUCUUCUUUGGACGCCGGACGGACUUCAAAGCCCGAGACGAAAGAUGAGAAGACUUGUGGCGGUAGUCGAUGCGUAUGAGGACAAGGAGCAUCAUGAAGAUGCUGCGUAUGUGUUGAUCGACCGUGACGAUCUGCAUGAUGCUGAACAUGGUGUGAUGACAUCUCGGAGUCUGAUUCAACAAUUGGAGAAGGGAAGGAAGAGAGUGUGUGCCGGUAGCGGUAUACUCGAAGUAUGAUCAUCAGUGAAAUUUUCAGCAUAGCAAGCGGCCGGUCAGCGAAAAGUGUUCAUAGACAUGCAUUGUACAAUAUGGAUAUCAGAGGUCCUCCUCCGUCUGCCUUUCGUUCGGU